AUGUCUGUGAGUCCGACCGACAUCGCCAGCCUCCGUCAGCAGAUCGCCGACCUCGCGAAUAUUAUGUCUUCAAAACAAGACGUCCAAGUGAUGAAAGGCUCAGAUGGAAAUGUCUUGGGCAUCCAGGACUGCUUGGUCUUGAUUGAACGAAAAAUAAAAGCCCUAGAAGAUAAGACGAAUAUGAGUCUGUCAGCCCUGAAUGCCAAGAUCGAGCACACAAACGAACGGGUUGGUACUAUCGAUGCAAGAAUGUCCGACUACGUGUCAAAGCUCAAUGACAAGAUCGAUAACCAAUCACAGAUGAUGAAGGAUAUGUACAGUCUGAUCUCGAACAUGAACAAACGCGGGGAAAACCAGGUAGGGAGAUAUGAGGAGACAACGAGCGUUCUGCCGAAACCUCGUGAGAGAGUACCUGCCCCCGUACGAUCGACACAGUGGUCCUACACAAAAUUCGACUAUAAAAAUAAUGCUAAAGUAGUGGUAUUUGGUGUCCCGGAGGCUGAUACGACGACAGAAAAGGAAGAUGGGACUCCGAUAUUAAAACCAACAGUCAAAGAACAAGUGGAGAGUGCACUGACUCGAGCUGGAGCAAGAUGUGCUACUGAUUCAAUGCGUACAGCCAAGAGGCUCGGAGGCUCCGAGUCGGAGCGUACCGGUCUGAUAGAGAUUUGGAAUCUAGGCCGAGGCCAAUCUGCAUACAAUUCGCACAGCCAGAUGUGGCAAGUGAAUUUGUGA